AGGGGCCGGGCUGAUAUUUGGGAAUAUACGAAGAUUCAUUGAAGGCAACGGGGACAUAAAACUACAGCGUCUGGCCCGAAGCGGUCGGUGCUGACUUUCUGCUGCAGGUCCGGGUCCUGCCGCUGGAUUCCCCCCAUCGGUUUUUGGGAACUGUGAAUGUCGAAUUCGGCUUUGUAACUGGGGACACACACACUAAAUACUGAGAGAAGCCUCCGAUAACUUCGCACCUUUCUUUUUUCCCUCACGGGCCCUGCAUGUCUAAUAUUUAGACAUGUUGAGCUUUAUGGAUUCCCGGACUGUACUGCUACUUGUAGCAACCCAAGUCUGUCUAUUAGCCGUUGUAAGAUGUCAAGAGGACGACCAGGAUGAGUUUAGCUGUAUACAAGAUGGACAGCGCUAUAGCGACAAGGACGUAUGGAAACCAGAGCCUUGUCGCAUCUGUGUGUGUGACACUGGAACCGUCCUGUGUGAUGAAAUUGUCUGCGAGGAGCUAAAAGACUGCCCCAAACCUGAAAUCCCAUUCGGAGAGUGUUGCCCCAUCUGCGCAGCUGACCAGCCUCCACCCAUUGGAGUUCCUGGAGCCAAGGGUCAGAAAGGUGAACCCGGAGACAUUACCGAUGUUGUAGGACCAAGAGGACCAGCUGGCCCAAUGGGCCCACCAGGAGAGCAAGGACCCCGUGGAUCAAGAGGAGACAAGGGAGAGAAGGGAAGCCCUGGUCCCCGCGGCAGAGAUGGUGAGCCUGGCACCCCCGGAAACCCCGGCCCCCCUGGACCUCCAGGACCUAAUGGACCCCCUGGCCUUGGUGGAAACUUUGCUGCUCAGAUGGCUGGUGGCUUCGACGAGAAGGCUGGCGGCGCACAGAUGGGUGUGAUGCAAGGACCAAUGGGCCCUAUGGGUCCCAGAGGACCACCUGGCCCCACCGGAUCACCUGGCCCACAAGGUUUCCAAGGCAACCCAGGAGAGGCUGGAGAGCCCGGACAAUCUGGCCCCAUGGGUCCCCGUGGCCCCCCUGGACCUUCUGGAAAACCUGGCGAUGAUGGUGAGGCUGGCAAACCUGGCAAAUCAGGCGAACGUGGACCUGCUGGACCUCAGGGAGCUCGAGGAUUCCCAGGAACUCCUGGCCUGCCUGGCAUCAAGGGACACAGAGGCUAUCCAGGUCUUGAUGGUGCAAAGGGAGAGACUGGAGCUGUUGGGGCUAAGGGUGAGGCUGGUGCUCCCGGUGAGAAUGGCGCUCCUGGACCAAUGGGACCUCGCGGUUUGCCUGGUGAGAGAGGCCGUCCUGGACCCAGUGGAGUUGCUGGUGCACGUGGAAAUGAUGGCUUGCCCGGUCCUGCUGGUCCCCCUGGCCCUGUCGGUCCCUCUGGAGCUCCAGGCUUCCCUGGCUCUCCUGGCUCAAAGGGAGAAGCCGGUCCUACUGGUGCUCGUGGACCUGAGGGUGCUCAGGGACCCCGUGGAGAGUCUGGCACCCCCGGAUCAUCCGGACCUUCUGGCGCUUCUGGAAACCCUGGUACUGAUGGUAUCCCCGGAGCCAAAGGAUCAGCUGGUGCUCCUGGUAUUGCUGGUGCUCCUGGUUUCCCUGGACCUCGUGGGCCUCCCGGGCCUCAGGGAGCAACUGGACCUCUCGGGCCCAAAGGAACAUCCGGAGACCCAGGUAUCCCAGGGUUCAAGGGCGAGGCUGGACCCAAAGGAGAAAUUGGACCAGGUGGUGUUCAGGGACCUCCUGGCCCACAAGGAGAAGAGGGCAAGAGAGGACCCAGGGGUGAGCCUGGUGCUGCUGGACCACUUGGACCUCCUGGAGAGAGAGGAGCCCCCGGUAACCGUGGUUUCCCUGGUCAAGACGGUCUGGCUGGUCCCAAGGGAGCCCCUGGUGAGCGUGGACCCUCUGGUGCCAGUGGUCCCAAGGGUGCUAACGGUGACCCUGGCCGCCCUGGAGAGUCUGGUCUGCCUGGUGCCAGAGGCCUGACUGGACGCCCUGGUGACGCUGGUCCUCAAGGCAAAGUUGGACCUUCUGGAGCUGCUGGUGAGGACGGUCGCCCAGGACCCCCCGGCCCACAGGGAGCCCGUGGACAGCCUGGUGUGAUGGGAUUCCCCGGACCCAAGGGAGCAACUGGUGAGCCUGGCAAGUCUGGAGAGAAAGGACUGGGUGGAGCUCCUGGUCUGAGAGGUCUGCCUGGCAAAGAUGGAGAAACCGGCCCUGCUGGACCCCCCGGCCCCGCCGGCCCUGCUGGAGAGAGAGGAGAGCAAGGACAGCCCGGUCCCUCAGGUUUCCAGGGUCUGCCUGGACCUCCUGGCCCCCCUGGUGAGGGAGGCAAACCUGGAGACCAGGGUGUUCCUGGAGAGGGUGGAGCUGCUGGUGCUACUGGACCCAGAGGAGAGCGUGGUUUCCCUGGAGAGAGAGGAGCUGCCGGCCCCCAGGGUUUGCAGGGACCUCGUGGUCUGCCAGGAACUCCUGGAACUGACGGACCCAAGGGAGCCAUCGGACCCGCUGGUGCUGGUGGAGCUCAGGGUCCCCCCGGCCUGCAGGGUAUGCCUGGAGAGAGAGGAGCUGCCGGCAUUCCUGGACCCAAAGGAGACAGAGGUGACAUUGGAGAGAAAGGACCCGAAGGUGCUCCCGGCAAAGACGGUGGUAGAGGUCUCACUGGUCCCAUUGGUCCUCCUGGUCCUGGUGGUCCCAACGGUGAGAAGGGUGAAGCUGGUCCUGCUGGUCCCUCUGGAGCUCCUGGUACCCGCGGUGCUCCUGGUGACAGGGGUGAGACUGGACCUCCUGGGCCUGCUGGAUUUGCUGGACCUCCUGGUGCUGACGGUCAGCCAGGACUCAAGGGAGAGCAGGGAGAAUCUGGACAGAAGGGUGACGCUGGUGCCCCUGGACCCCAAGGACCCUCUGGUGCCCCUGGACCUGCAGGUCCUACCGGUGUUUCUGGACCCAAAGGUGCUCGUGGUGCUCAGGGACCUCCUGGUGCCACUGGUUUCCCUGGAGCUGCUGGCCGAGUUGGACCCCCUGGUCCCAAUGGUAAUCCUGGACCUGCUGGUCCUGCUGGCCCCCCUGGUAAAGAUGGACCCAAGGGUGUGAGGGGUGAUGGUGGACCCCCAGGCAGACAGGGUGACGCUGGGCUCCGCGGCCCUGCUGGGACUCCUGGAGAGAAGGGAGAUGCUGGAGAGGAUGGUCCCCCUGGUCCCCUGGGUCCUUCAGGUCCUCAGGGUCUGGCUGGUCAGCGCGGUAUCGUCGGUCUGCCCGGACAGCGUGGUGAGAGAGGUUUCCCUGGUCUUCCCGGACCUUCUGGUGAGCCCGGAAAGCAGGGAGCUCCUGGUGGCAGUGGAGACCGUGGACCCCCUGGACCUGUUGGACCACCUGGACUCACUGGACCUGCAGGAGAGCCUGGCAGAGAGGGCAACCCUGGAUCUGAUGGCCCUCCUGGUAGAGAUGGUGCGACUGGAAUCAAGGGUGAUCGUGGUAACACCGGUCCUGCUGGUGCUCCUGGUGCUCCAGGCGCUCCUGGUGCUGGCGGCCCAGUCGGUCCCACCGGCAAACAGGGUGACAGAGGAGAGGCUGGUGCACAAGGACCCUCUGGACCUCCAGGACCUGCUGGAGCCAGAGGAAUGCCUGGACCUCAAGGACCCCGCGGUGACAAGGGUGAGGCUGGAGAGUCCGGUGAGCGAGGACAGAAGGGACACAGAGGCUUCACUGGUCUGCAGGGUCUGCCCGGACCUCCGGGUCAAGCUGGAGACCAGGGUGCUACUGGACCUGCUGGACCUGCUGGACAAAGAGGACCACCCGGCCCUGUUGGCCCUGCUGGAAAGGAUGGUGGAAACGGUCUGCCAGGACCCAUCGGACCCCCUGGACCUCGUGGUCGCAGUGGAGAGACCGGUCCCGCUGGUCCCCCUGGAAACCCUGGACCCCCCGGUCCUCCUGGCCCCCCCGGCCCUGGCAUUGACAUGUCCGCCUUCGCUGGAUUGGGUCAGACUGAGAAGUCCCCCGAUCCUCUCAGGUACAUGAGGGCCGACCAGGCUUCCGGAAACCUCCGUCAGCACGACGCCGAGGUCGAUGCCACGCUCAAAUCUCUCAACAACCAGAUUGAGAACAUCCGCAGCCCCGAGGGAUCCAAGAAGAACCCGGCUCGCACCUGCAGAGACCUGAAGCUGUGCCAUCCUGACUGGAAGAGCGGAGAGUACUGGAUUGAUCCCAAUCAGGGCUGCACCAUCGAUGCAAUCAAGGUCUUCUGCAACAUGGAGACAGGAGAGUCCUGCGUCAAACCUAAGCCUGCAAGCAUCCCUCGCAAGAACUGGUGGUCCAGCAAGAGCAAGGACCGCAAACACAUCUGGUUCGGAGAGACAAUGAAUGGAGGAUUCCACUUCAACUAUGGUGACGACAGCCUGGCACCCAACACCGCUGCCAUUCAGAUGACUUUCCUGAGACUGCUGUCCACCGAGGCUUCUCAGAACCUCACCUACCACUGUAAGAACAGCGUGGCCUACAUGGACGCCUCAGCGGGCAACCUGAAGAAGGCCGUGCUGCUGCAGGGCUCCAACGACGUGGAGAUCAGAGCCGAGGGCAACAGCCGCUUCACUUACAGCGUGAUGGAGGACGGCUGCACGAAACACACGGGACAGUGGGGCAAGACAGUGAUCGAAUACAGAUCGCAGAAGACCUCUCGUCUGCCCAUUGUAGACAUUGCCCCCAUGGAUAUUGGUGGAGCAGACCAGGAGUUCGGAGUGGAAGUCGGGGCGGUCUGCUUCUUGUAAAGAGCGAGGGAUCGAAAAGAAGACAGAGAAGAAGUGGAAAUUUGCAAGAAAUGAAACGAAAGAGGAGCACACUUCAGAAAGAGGAGGAGAGAAAAAGAAAAAAAUCAAGACACUUUUUUUAAAAUGGGACUUUUUUUCUAAGUAAAAAAGUGCUUUUUCCAAGUCGAACUCCGUAGGAUAUCUGCACUGAAUGGCACCAGCAACUGUCAUCUGUGAUCCAUCCAGCAUUGCACCCUGCCCCCUAUGGACUCCCCAAAAGCCCCCACUUCACCCUGGGUGAACAGCAUCCCCCAUCAACAUCACCUCCCCCACCCCAUGAACAAGAUGGAGGAAGUAUGAGGAGAGUAGGGGAACAUACCAGGGAACUAGAGAGAGAAAAAUGUGCUGGUGUUAUUUAUUUAUUGUUUAGGUUUGGGUCCCCGGUGUGAUAGGACUGAGUUUGUUGCUAAGUGAUAAAAAAGCCCACUUACACAUAUUUAAACAAAUAACCAUAUCCACCAGCUUCCUCUCCUACUUCCUCCUCUUUUCUAAUCACCCCCACCACUCCUGUACCAUCUCCACUAAAGCAUACAUAUCUCUUUGAAACCAAAAAUCUAGCUUCAUAGAAAGUGCAGGUGUUCCUAUUUCUACCACCACAGUGUGUAUCAAAAAGUUACUGUGUAUUAUAAUAAAAGUCAAUGGUGCUAUUGUUGUAAAACAGUCUGUAUUUUUUAAAAACAACCAGAUACUCAAAUGUAGUGAUCUGUAUAUAUGUAUAUAUAUGUAUAUGUUUGUAUACAUAUAUAUGCAGUUUCUCAGAGAGAGCAUUUCGCCCUGGGAUUUUGGAUUUCAGGGUGAUAAAUGUCCCUGCCUCGCCCCACCCUCCUGCUUCAACCCCCACAAAUGUGCCCACGAUGAUUUUUCACGAUCACGGCAUGUCCAAUUUUGAGUUAAUACUAAAUUUCCUUUUUUAGUUUUGAUAUUUUAAAGCUACCUCACACUAAAAAAAACAUGACAAAUCAAACUGAGGCCUUCUCCCCCUGAAGCUUUGUAUACAAAACCCUUCAUUUUCAUAUAAAUAUGACCAUUAGGAGCUCGGUCAUGAAAGCCCACUCUGCUGCCCCCCCCGCCCACGCAUUUGCUGUGACCCCCAUCCCUCUCUACUUCCUCCCAUCAGUCCCCUCACACAGGGCGUGCCCUCUGCCUCGGCGCACACACUCUCACUCACACACACUUGAAGAGAUCCAGUGUUUGACUUUGUUGCUCCAGUUCCACAGCCAGCGCAGAGGGCUCGUUUGUGUGAGGUUGUGUAUAUUUUUUAUUAUUAAUAAUAGUAUUAUUAUUAAUAAUAAUAGCAUUAUUAUAUUAUUAUUAUGAUCAUGACUUGUUUUUGUUACGUUUUAAUUAAUGUAAAUUGGAAAUAAAAGACAAAACCAAGUAACAGGCUGAAGUUGCUUUUUAUUUAUGUCCUGUUUUUGUUCUCCCCCCCUGUUGAAAGAUCUGGGGCAGUCAGUGGUUUGGACUCAUCCCUAAGGAAAUUCCUUUUGGGAAAAAAAAAAAAAAAAAAAAGUCACAUCUAAACAUUUCACUGUGCCCUGCUGCCACUGUGUUUUUGUGGUGAUGUCUGGAUUAUAUUUCCAGGGGGAGAAACACCUCGGAGAGAUGAAUAAAUGCGGGGGCCAUUUUUGAUUUUGUUGGUGAUUUGUGGAGCCAAAAAAAAACAAAGGAAAAGUUGAAGGUGGAGGUGGUGAAAGUCUAUAUCAUGUACUUUUAUAUAUGUAAGAUAGUUCUUCAAUCAUUUCCUUUAGCUUUAACGCAUGGUAGAGUAGAAAUAGGAAACACUGCCGACCAUGAUCAGCUCGUUCUGUGAAUUCAUAAUGUCUUCCUGUACUUCUACACUUCUCUAUAUCUUCCUGCCUUUUUCAACUUACAGUAGCAAUAAAAGGUAGAAGCAUUUCUAUGAACAA